AUGGCAGAGCCAGAGGGAACUAUGGAGUUUCCGUGGCACCAUGGAGUCUUUGACGCUCACUGCCAUCCCACAGACACGCUGUCAAGUCUGCAGUCCAUUCCCAGCAUGCGGGCUAAAGUCUUGACAGUGAUGGCGACUCGAGCACAGGAUCAAGAGCUAGUGGCGAAGGCUGCAGAUGAGUAUGGGAUCACUUCAGACGAUGUAGCUGAUGGAGAGAUGAGUUGGAGAGACAGCCACAAGAUCGUUCCGGCAUUUGGCUGGCAUCCAUGGUUCUCACAUCAGAUGUUCGAUGAAGACGAAUAUGAUGGCGCACAAAGCCUUACUCUCGAUCAAAAAGUGGCUCAUUACCAGUCCGUAUUGCAGCCGCGGUCAGAGGACAUCGACUUCCUCCAAUCUCUGCCCGAGCCGCGUCGAUUCAGACAAUUCUUGGACCAGACAAAGUCGUAUCUUGAGCGCUAUCCUCUCGCAUUGGUAGGCGAGGUAGGCCUUGACCGGUCUUUUCGAAUCCCCGAAGCAUGGCUGCCUGGCGAAGUGGAGUCGCGAAAUGAUGCUCUGACUCCUGGCGGCAGAGAAGGACGCAAACUGAGUCCUUACCGGGUCAGCAUGGAUCAUCAGAAGAAAGUGUUGCUUGCGCAACUUCGUCUGGCUGGCGAACUACAGCGCGCGGUAUCCGUACAUGGCGUACAGGCACACGGCAUCGUGUACGAGACGCUGGCUGAGUCAUGGAAGGGUUACGAAAGGAAGGUCCCGAGCAGAAGGGAGCGCAAGCGGCAGGAGUCUGCUACGAAGAUAAAUGCUGAACCAGAAGAUGCUGCAAAGAGCGAAGAACCUAGGUCCAGAUCAAAGCCUUAUCCUCCAAGGAUAUGCUUGCAUUCGUACUCUGGUCCCGCAGAGAACGUGAAACAGUAUACGGCUGCUUUGGUACCCUGCCACGUCUUCUUCAGCUUCAGCACGACCAUCAACAGCUGGGCUGAGGACGGAAAUGGCAAGGUCGAAGCGGCCCUUAGAGCUGUAUCUGAUGACAGUGUGCUGAUUGAAAGCGACCUGCAUACGGCUGGGGAGAAGAUGGACCAGUAUCUCGAGAAGAUUGUGCGGAAGAUAUGUGCUGUGAAAGGGUGGGAGCUUGAAGAUGGUGUCGAGCGACUGGCGAAAAAUUGGAAGGCAUUCGUGUUCGGGACUGGAGAUUGA